AUGGUUCCUAUGGUUGCUGAGACCACAGACAAGGUCAUUCUAGAUGGAUUGGCUAAGGUUGGUUUUAAGACCAAUCUUGGCAUACAUGGAGCGCAGUGGUGGCUACCACAUACCGGAGCAAGUAAAUCUAUUAUCGACGGGGAUAUUAAAAUCAAGAAUGGUUCCGCAAUCGAGUCCUUCAUGGAAAACGGCCUUCGAUUUGUUGAUGGCACCGAGCUACAGGCAGACAUGAUAGUAUUUGCUACGGGUUACGGCGAUCACCGUGACUUCAUGCGCGAGGUCUGUGGAGAUGAAGUCGCAUCAAAAAUCCCCAGGGUCUGGGGUCUAGACGAUGAAGGGCAAACUGUGGGAAUGUGGAGGUAUUGCGGGCAUGAUGGUCUGUGGUUCGCAAAUGGUGAUUUGGCUCUAUCGCGCUUCCACAGUCUCUGUUUGGCCAUGUGUGAGUUCAUUCCUUGUGGUAUAUAG